AUGGAGGCUGAUCAGGAUCAGGAAGCCACCACGGACAAGCACGACGAGUACAUCCGGGCGAUAAACAUGAAUCCGAACGACGACGACAUACAGAACCUGCCAAUUCAUGCAUUGAACGCCGUGGUUAAACAGCGGUCCAAUGUCAUGAGCAAGCAGGCUUACUGUGAACUGGUUCGAGCCACGAAUCCUGAACAGCGUUCGUUGAUUCUGCACGUCAUCCACACAAUGCAUAGCUUCGACGAUAACGACAAGCCGAUGCAAAUCUUCUUCACGGGUCCGGCUGGUAGCGGCAAAACGUUCACCUUGCGAAUACUGAUGGAGACAUACAACAGGUUCAGUCAAGCACAUAAUGCACAGAACAACGCAUAUGUUGCUUGUGCUUCGACUGGCAAAGCUGCUGUUGCUAUUGGCGGAACAACGGUCCAUUCGGCUUUUCGUUUAACCAUGUCCCGCAGACAAAACUCCAAGCUGAGUUUUGAAACGCUCCAGCUGUACCGAAAUGCGUUUGCACAUGUUCAGGCAAUCAUCGUCGAUGAAGUCAGCAUGAUCGGUGCCAAUGUGUUAGAUACUGUUCACGCCCGGCUGCAAGAUAUUAAGGCGGAAUAUGACGAUCCAUUCGGUGGCAUGAACAUGAUUCUCGUUGGAGACUUCCGGCAACUUCCGCCGGUGAACGCUAGAUUUGUUUGGAAACCACCAGCAAAUUCUAUGCACGGUGCCGUACUCUGGCAAUCGUUACGAUACUUCCCUCUCGUCCGAGUCAUGAGGCAGAGUGACGAGCAGUUUUCUGCCGUACUGACGAAGAUUGGAAAUGGUGAACGAUUGACAGACGAAGAAACCAAGCUGAUCGAGAGUCGUUUCCGGACAGUGCAAUGGUGCAGAGAAAACGUCCCGAAUGCUGUACGUCUUUUCCACCGUAACAUCGACGUCGACCAGUACAAUAGCGAGGUACUGAUGGAAACGGACGGCGUGGACUGUAUAGCUGAAGAUGUGUUCUCUGGAUACCGGAACAAUGAGCAGCUAGUAAGUGCCAGGAACAAGCUUCAUAAGAUGAGUGUUGUGGAGGCUGGUGGCAUGCCUUAUCUGCUGCGUCUUACUCUCGGCAUGCCGUACAUGGUUACGACAAACGUUGAGGUAGAUGAUGGUAUCGUUAACGGUGCGAUCGGCCAACUCAUGCACAUCGAGCUGAAUGAAGAUGAACCAGAACAGCGAAUGGUUCGGCUUUGGUUCAUGUUCGAGAACGAAGCUAUAGGAGCGACACGAAGGGUAAAAUCCAGGCCCUUAGUGUGUUCAAAGCCAGGCGUCUUGCAGCCACAAUGGACACCGAUUACCAGGCGGUCCGCGAACAUCACCCUCGGUAGCAUGAAGUGCAAACGAGUUCAAUUCCCGAUAGUUCCGGCGUGCGCUCUAACGGUACAUAAAUCACAAGGUGGUACAUUUCCCCAAAUUGUGUACCGUUAUGACAGAGGACAGGAGCAACAACUUGUAUAUGUUGGCCUCUCUAGAGUGUCGUCUCUGGAGGGAUUGUUUCUGACUAAUGCCAAAGAUGAAUUCAAAUUCCACCAUGCAAAGGGAAGCGAUUCUCCGAAGAUGAAGGAACUUCGCACCGAAAUGCAGCGUUUGUCAAACCACCGACUAAGCACAAUUGCCGAUGACAUUAUGCAAUUCGUAGCUGGUAAAGGUACUGGUGUUGUACUAGUGUCAAUGAAUGUGCAGAGUCUUGGUGCUCAUUCACUUGACAUCGCUACGGACCAUGUACUCACUUCUGGCGAUCUUCUGGCGCUUAGCGAAACCUGGCAGGAGGAUAAUGGAGCAUUGUCCGGAAUCGCAGGAUACACAUGUGUUGCCCAAGCCAAGCGCUCUGGAAUGCGGGCAGCAGGAGUGGCCAUCUUCCAACGCGAUGCGGGAUCCACUUGUGCGAUUGCCCACACAAUGAAGAAGCUCAGUGAUAGUUACGACGAGCAACUUGGGCUUGCCGACGAAUACGGUGACGUGUGCGCUGCGGAGGUGCAUGUUAUGGGUAGUUUGACGCUCUUGAUUUCGCUGUAUAUUUCACCAGGUACGACAACCAAGCAGAAGAAAUUCUUUUUGGCGCGGAACCUUAUAAUGUACGCGACAAUGAGCAUGCCCAUAGUUGUUACCGGCGACUUCAACAUUGAUGUAUCAAAAGAGGAGAAUGCUGAGUUCAUCGACUUCAUGAAGCAGUACCUCUUCUUGGAUUUGGUAUCGGACCCUUCGCAAUCAACCACUCUUGGUGGAACAUGCUUGGAUCUUACAUUCACGCGAAAUAUUGGUGCGGACUGUAGGAGAUAUUGUUCUUACUUUUCAUAUCAUCGACCAAUGCUUUCGAUACUUGCUGCGCCGUCUGAAUCUCAGUUAGAAUGA